AGCCUGCACUUGUCAGGCUCCAGCCAGUAGCCGACGUAGCCGUCAUUCGGCUGUUGUGCCGCGGCGUGUCCGUCGGUCGAAGCGUAAGUUGAUUCGGUACUUGCGUGAUUCGCGAUUUAGCGGCAGACACCCAGCAUCGGCGCAAAGAAGUCGAGAGCCAGGAGGCGGUAGGCAGAUGGACGCUGCAGACACAAGAUGCUGCGUCUAACGGUGAAGGAAUAAUUUCCGACAAUUCCGAACGGGAAUAUCCAAGAGUUGCAUACCCCUUGCACCAGGAUACGUACGACACUUGUUCGCGCCCGACACGUGAGCCUUCAAUUGUUUAUGACAUUCGUGUCUCGUCGCAUUAAUUUUCAGUGAUAUCAAUUACGAGAGGAACGCGAACGCGAUUUUAUUAACCGCGAUCAUUACGGGAUGAUUAGUUUUCGUUAUUGACGAACGAGUGAUUUCUAUUCCAUGUUUCUUACCUACGUAUAUCCUUACUCUGCAAUUGAUUCGAGAUAGCUACUUCCUUAUCUUAACAUGUCUAUGAAGAAAGAGUCUCCGUGGGAUGUGGAGCUCCACUUGGCCGCGGCGAAGGGUGACGCCAAACGACUUCAAGUACUUCUGGAAUCAGGCCGGGUUCACGUAGAUUGCAAAGAUAAGGAUGGUACAACUCCGUUGAUACUAGCUGCCGCCGGAGGACACGUGGACGCGGUCGCCGAGCUGCUUCAACAGGGUGCCGAUCCAGCGGCGAAGAGGCUGACCGGUACAACGGCGUUGUUUUUCGCGUCGCAGGGAGGAUUCGUCGACGUCGUCAAUUUGCUGCUAGACAACGAAGCCUUCGUUGAUUCUUGCAGCGUGGACGGCGGGACUCCGCUUUUCGUUGCCUGCCAAUGUGGCCACCUCGACGUCGUUGAAGGACUUCUGGAUCGAGGCGCGAACGUGAACGCGCACAUGAAGGAUGGAGCCACCGCACUUUUCAUUGCAGCCCAAAAUGGACACGUACGUAUUUUGGAGGUCUUACUUGAACGAGGAGCGAAAACCGACGCGAUUAGGACCGACGGGGCUACUCCUCUUUGGAUCGCUGCUCAGAUGGGACAUGACCACGUUGUAAGAAGGCUCUUGAAGGCCGGAGCAAGGGUAGAUUCGACAAGACAUGACGGAGCCACCCCGUUGUUCAAAGCUGCGCACAAGGGUCACUCGGCAGUGAUAGCCGAACUUCUUAAGUAUCGUCCAUCUCUGGGAAUUCUUCCAAAUGGCGAGAGCGCUCUCCAUGCAGCGGCUUUGUCCGGUCACAUGGCUGUGGCGAGACAGCUCGUAGGCGCAGGAGCCGAUGCUCUGCUUCUCAAUCAAGAGGGCGUUACACCGCUUCAACUUGCAAUCAGGCAUUCGCAGACUCAAGUGAUCGAUUACCUCACUGACAAAGUGAGAACUCGAACAGCGUCUCGCUGAGGUAUCAUCCGCACGACGGACCAUCAGGAUCAUAAGUAUUGUAACUAAUAAGAUGAAAACGUUUAUCGAAAGAUAGAUCUUGGCAGACUAAUGUCAAGUAUUUUCAAUUAAGGCAUACCUUAAGACAUUUUUCAAAAAAUUUGAUCAGGGAGAUGUAUCGAGAAAGAGAGAGAGAACAAGAGCAGAGCAAUUUUUUUUUUUUAGUUUUUAUAUGAAAACAGAGAUGGUUCACGGAAGAUCGAAAGGGAAUUAUACUUGACGUAAGGUUUACACGAAGCAAAAAGGAAAAUAAAUUCUAUGGAGAGGUAUACUCUUAUACGCAGCUAAUCACAGAAAAUGAAAUUAUUCAACAUUUGUAUACGAACAGUUAUUUUCACACUGUUGUUUUGUGAGAACCAAUCAUAUCGUAAAAAAAUGGUAAGCCAAGUUAAUUUAUAUUCCCAUUCUCUCUUUCGAUCUUCGUCUGUAGAGAGGAUACGGUCCAUAUCUUGACAAUUUUGACAUGUAUAAGAAUAUUGUUAACAAAAUAUCGUAUACCAUGUAAUAUAUUUACAUUUAUUCGCGGUCUAAUCAGUCUUUCGAUUAAAUAGACAUUAUUUUGAUGUUAAAUUAAGUCGUAAAACAUGCAUUAUACGCCUACCCUGAUUAGGAAUAAGAUAUUCCCGUAACGAUAUUAGUAGCCUAUAAAAAUCGAUUGGACAAGAAAAUUGAUUAUCAUUGUUUCGAUUUGAAAAAAAAUAUAUAUAUCUAAUAAGACUGACCGAUCUGCCUUGUAAGACACCGUAGAUUAUUUUUAAAAA